GCGCCUUCCUGGUGCACCUGGCCAGCUCCUGCCCGCUGGCGGCCAACGGCUCUGUGUUGGAUUUCGACUUCGCCCUCGUCUUCAACAAGAACCCGCUGGUCUGCUACGACCCCAACGCCCGGCACUUCGUCCCCUGCGACUGGGGGCUGCUCCGCUCCUGCGCCGCCCACCUCGCCACCUUCCUCAACAACGGCCCCGCCUGGCCCGCCGCCCCCGCACCUCUCACCACCCCCCGUGUUCCCGCAGGGCCCCACUCCUUGCGCUACUUCUAUGUUGGGGUGUCGGAGGCCAGCCCGGGGGUGCCGCAGUUCGUAGUCGUGGGAGACGUGGACGGGAACGUCAUCGUCCGCUACGACAGCGAGAUGAGGAGGACGGUGCCUGUGGCGGACUGGAUGGCAGACAACCUGGAUCAGCAGUACUGGGACAUGGACACCCAGAUAUCGCAGCAAGGUCAACAGAGCAGACAAGUGGACCUGGGCACGCUGCGGGGCCGCUACAACCAGAGCGGGGGGGCUCUGGCCUACGAUGGGAGGGACUUCAUCGCCUUCGACAUGAGCACGAUGACGUUCACCGCGGCAGACGCGGCAGCACAAAUCACCAAGAGGAAGUGGGAGGACGAGGGUGUCCCUGAUGGGUGGAAGCAGUACCUGGAGAACAUCUGCAUCGAGUGGCUGAGGAAGUACGUGAGCUACGGGCAGGCCGCGCUGGAGAGGAAAGAGCCCCCCACGGUCCGAGUGUCGGGGAAGGAGGCCCACGGGAUCCUGACCUUGUACUGCCGCGCUUACGGCUUCUACCCACGGCUCAUCACCAUCAACUGGCUGAAGAACGGUGAGGUCAGGGACCAGGAGACCGAGCGGGGCAGCAUCGUGCCCAACAGCGACGGCACCUACUACACCUGGGCCUCCAUCGAGGCCCGCCCGGAGGAUAAGGACAAGUACCGGUGCCGUGUGGAGCAUGCCAGCAUGCUCGAGCCUGGCCUCUUCGCGUGGGAGCCGGAGUCCAACCUGUUCACCAUCGUGCUGGCGGCAGGUGGUGCCAUCGUGGCUGUCACCAUCAUCAUCGCCGCGUUCGCCUUCUGGAAGUACAAAUCAGAGAAGAAGAAGAAGGGCUACGGCAUGGCGUCAAGUGAGUACCGGUGGCAGGUCUGGCUCCAGCGGCUGCCCGGUGCCGGGGCGGUCUCGUGGCUCCGGCGCGGAUGGGGAGUCUGGCGGCUCGGGCACAGCCAUCACCGCCUAACGACUCCACGAGGGACCGGCACGUGGCUGGAUGCGGCCCCCUGCCCUCUCACCGGCUGGACGCAGACAUGUGCCGGAGGAGGCUGGGAGCUGCCUGCAGAGAGAGCUUGUCACACUGCGCCUGCCCACCCCCGGCUACGGUGGUGGCUCUUCUGGCUGGGUGAACUCCCCAUUUUCCGAUGCUUUUAAAAUUGAGCACCACAAUUAUUAUUGAUUUUUUUUUUGUGGUUUUAUUUCUUUGUUUGUUUG